AUGCAUAAGCAUUCACAACCCUCAUCACCGGCACUAUCUUCCAGGUCAUUGUCACACGUACAAUCUUCCCAGCCAUCGUCAGAUAGACAGUCAGGCACAAGUGACACAAUAUCGACCAAGAGAGGUCGAGGUCUAGCUAAGGGUUCUAAGGAAUGGGGAACUAGAGUGAGACUUGAGGUUUCAAUACCUGUUGGUAUACUUGAUACAAUUUGGAAAGAAGUGGAGGCUAAAUUCGAUGCGCAACUUUCUCAAUAUGAUGAGUCAGACCGUACACCAGCUCUUCGGGAUCAAAUUUUUCACAAGUUGUUUGGAGAAGAUGGACAUGGAUACUGCAAGACCUACGGUACUGGUGUGCCUCGAAGUUUAGUAUACCAAAAAGACACAAGCUCAUUCGAUACACCAAAUUCUGCUUUCAUUGAGAAAAUAUGUCAUGUUGUGUGUGAAAAAUUAGAGCCGCAAAUUAAAGUUGAAUUUGACAAGGUUCAUGCAAGGAUUGGUUUGUUGGAAUCACAAGCCGAUAGUGUAAGUGGAUCUAAGGUUAAUGCCAAUCAGGUUCCAGACACGUCUAGUGCACAUCAGUUGUUGAGGGAGUCGGAUGAAGAAAUACCUCCAUGGUCAAUUGAGAAGUCGUCCAUACCAUCUCUAUCUCCCUUGCCUUCUAAUGAGGUGAAAUGUAUUUGA